UAGCGUCACCGGAACGCGGGAAGCAGGAAAAGAAACAAGCAGAAAGCAAAAAGAAAGAAGAACGUAUACAGAGGAAAAUGGAUGAUAACUUUGGGGGAUCUCUUACUCCUCCUAUCUCUCCCUAUGUGACAGAAAGGAUGGAGACAGAUAUGGAGUGCUGCAGACACCCUUGUUUCUCCUGUGUCUUGGUUCAACGAGAUGAAGGAAAAUCCUUUUCUGCUGAUGGCUAUUUGGCAAGUGGAUCGCUUAACCGACUGCUACUAAGAUUGGAUCCUUCUCCCACUGGCUAUGAAGCUGACACAGUGGAUAUUUUUGGUUUUCAGUGGGUGACUGAAAUGGCACUUGUCGAAUCUCCUAAACUUCUGUUUGGAUUACUAAGACAACAAAUCAGCCGUUUAGAAGGCUUGGCACAGGCUAGUUCAUGUGAUUUUGGACAUGCUAAUAGCGUAUAUGUUGAAGCAGAUGAAAUCAGACAGCAGUGUGUUAACUUCCUCCAGUACAUCAAAGUAUUUAUUUUCAGAUAUCUAGAGUCUUCCAGAGGAUUAAGUGGAGAGCCUGUCCAUCCAUAUGAGGAACUGGAAGCCCAGCUGCCCUCUAUAUUAGUGGAGGAGCUACAUGCACUUACUCUAUUCAUUGGCCAGCUCCGUGAACUUUCCAGCAAUAUUCUGGCCAAUUUUUCAAUACAGAACCAGGGAAAGGUUUUUCCACCAUCCUGGCAUUUGCUGCAUUUGCAUCUGGACAUUCACUGGUCAGUGCUAGAAAUUCUGCAUAUACUCGGUGAAAAAAUGUUGGGUCCGGUAAUUUAUGCACAUCAGUUCAUGAAUUUGACUGGAAAAAACUUGACAAACGUCAGCCUGUUUGAAGACCAUUGUAACAACCUUCUACAUGAUCUAAUUGUUUUAGCUGUUAACAAGUAUACCAAGGUUAGACCAUCUGAAGUACUCACCACUUUCCAUUACCAGUGCAGCUGUAUCAAGGAACUAUGGGUGCUGCUUAUCCAUCUCCUGGAUCACAGAAACAAAGCUUCUCAAACCGAGGAUUUUUGGAGCUGCGUCAACAAUCACCUCAGAAAUCUGCUGCAAGAAGCUGCUGGUGUGGAAGGAACCCGUCUUUGUGAUGCCAUUCAUUGUAAGGAUCCCCAGGGUUUCAGUUGGUGGCUGGUUACCCACCUUACAAUGCUUUACCUGUUUGAUAGGAAUGGAAUUAUGCAGGAGAAGAAACAGUUUGAAAGCAAUUGGCAUUUUACAGAAGAGCUUUUGAAACUGUCCUCAAAUAAUCAGACUGGUGUCUUGGAAGAACAUUUACGGAUGCACGUUCAAUGUUGCCUAACAUUGUGUGAUCUCUGGGAUACUAAUCUGAAUGUUGUUUCUAUACUCUGGGAAUAUUACAGUAAGCACCUGAAUAGUGCCUUCAACAUUCCUUGGCUUGGUUUGAAAGGGUUGGCCAGUGUGAGCAAAUCUCCUUUAUCUAUGCUUGAACUUACAAAGACCUGUUGCUGUGGUGAACAAAGCCCCAACUUGUACCAAUCUCAGAAUAGUUUUCAGUUCUUCCUCAGAAUUCUGGCCCUGCAGAUUACGAAAGGAACGGAAACAAGUGGAACGCACCCAUGGAAACAGCUGAAAGGAAGGAUUUAUUCCAAGUUCCAUCAAAGGAAAAUGCAGGAACUUACCGAGUUGGGACUUCAGAACUUUUUCAGCCUGUUUCUAGUCCUUGCAGCAGUGGCUGGGAUAGAGGACGUUGUCAGCCGGAUAUCAGAUCUCCUGGACCUUUUGAAACCAAGCCAGCUCUCUAUUGCCCAGCAAUCAUUGAUUUGGAAGGGCUACUUUGCAUUUCUUCUGAUGUACGAAGAGAAGAAUGUUGACAUCAGUUUUCUUGCUACAAAACUCUCAACUAACUUUCAGAAUGUAACUAAAGAGUUCUACCUGAAAACCACUGACCACACCCGAAAACUGACCCUCUGGCCAUUGCUUUCAACAUAUAUUGAAGCUGUUCAGGAGGUAUUCGAGACAAGCUCCUACCUACACCUUUCAGAAGAGAAGCUGUUGAAUGAAGGGUUUAGUUUGUUAUACCGUGCCUGUAGGGAAUCGGAACUGAAUACAGCACUGAUGUUUCUGCAGGUUGUACUGGCUAGAUUGAGGAGUAUACACAAGCGCUCAAUCCAACUCCUUCAGCAGACUCGUGUGCCUUCACACAGCGUUCCUGUUCCAUUAGUUGCCAAAGAGCGCCACCUAGCUAUCGCCAGUGCUCUCUGGAGGAACUUUUUCCCUUUUGUGAAGAGCCAAAGACUGUCACAGACACCUUCUCCACAAAUAGCUGAUAUUGCUGCAGGUUUUACGCUUCUGGCGAUGGAUAUGCCUAGCUCAGCAGCAUCAGACCUCCAGCCACAGCCUCUUAUAACCAUGGUACAAUUAUUUGGCUGGAAUGACAUGGUACACCCUCAGCUAGUUUGUAGAUACCUCAGUCAUCUAAUUCAAAACAGUUCUUUAGUGGAUGCUCUGACAAACCUAGGAUACAGCUCAUACCAAACUUCAUCAGUCCAUUCUUGGUUUCGCUGUGUUUUGCAGCAGCAUAUGAAUCAGCCUGUUGGCACGACAGAAAAACAAGACUCCACCCACACAGUUGGAAAGGUAAACAUGGAGCAGUUGGCAGGGUUAACCAGGAUCGUGUACAAGCUGCCAGAAGUGGAAAACCUACUCUCCCAGGCUCAACUUGAUCAGUCAGCAGUAAAGGUGGAACCCAAAACUGCUGUCUUUGUAUUCAUUAAGGCAGUUGGGAAGACGUACAUUCAGUUACAAACUCUAGGAGACAAGUCUGCCUUGGUGUCAAAGGCCCUGGAAUAUGUAGGUGACAUACUGAAGUACACUAAACCAUAUUUAGCUAACAAAGGGCCACCUGAAGGUCUGCAGUUGGUGUACUGGACCGUUGGUUGCAUUGUCAAACAUUGGGCACCAAUAUUGUCCACUUCAAAAGCUCAGCAGCUCUUGUUCCGCAUCAUUGAUUGUCUGCUGUUGCCGCAUACCCUGUUUCAACAGGACAAAGGGCUGCCCCAAGCAAUGCUGUCUGCCAUCCGAGAUAACUUGUCUCUGUAUCUCCAGGGACUGUCAGCUAUCGUUGGACAAACUACGGUUCAGAUUGCUUAUGUUAAACAGCAGCUGCGGAAUAUAAUUCAGCAGUAUUUUGGUCGCUUUCUUCCAUCAUCUCCUACUGGGUCAGGCAUUGUGAAUCAUCCAAUAUUACUUGCACUUUGUGAAUCAAUCCCAAUGACUCAAGGUCAGACCCUGCGGCAGACAGUUCUUCAGGUCAUUAAUGAAAACUAUAUGCAGUUCAGAGGUCAUGCUCCUCCUCCUCGCUUAGCAGCAGUCCUGUCAUUCCUCCAUGAACUGUUCAGAAGAAACCCAAGUAGUGAUGCUGCCAGUGAGACAAAGUUACUCCUGCCUACAGUGCUGAAAUGUUUAAUGUUUGUGAAUGAACCACAGGUGAAGAAACUAACCUCUGAGGUUAUGCAAUGUAUAAUUGAAAAUUGUCAGUCAUCAACUCCAUGCCAGAUUUGCCCUCAUGUACUAAGACAGUUCAUCCAGGAGUAUAUUGGGAUCUACGAUCACCAGGUAUACAACAUCAUGGAGAUGAUAGCUGUCCUGAAUUGCAGUUUGGUUAUCGGCCUCAUUCCUACGCUAAGUCAGGUGCUGAAGGAUACUGAACAUAAGCGAGGAUUGGGCAGGAACAAUUCACAAAGGGAGUCCUACAGAAGACUGUUGGUGCUUCUUGGGGAGGAAGGGCAAGCUGAAAUCAUUAAAUUGGAAAAGGAAUGUGAUGAGGCCUAACAGAGAAGAGGUUUGUAAAAGUAAACACCAGACUGCCUCCUUAUUGCACUGAGGGGUAUACAGAUUCUUAAAUGUAUAAUAGUUUUUUUGUGACAUAGCAAUUGAGAUUUUUUUUUAGAUCUAAGUUUUGUACUCCAGUUUUAUCUGUCUGCUUUAUUACAAAACUCUACCUAAUUAAGUUGACUUUAAUUAUUACUUGACAAAUCAAAAACAGACAUAUGUAAAUAUACAUAAAUUGUUGGAAUAAAUCAGUGACAAAUGGUGUUAGGAGUUUUAUUGCAAUUGAUUUUGAAUUGUUCUCAUGGAUAUUAGACAUAGCAUAUUAAUAAAUUCAUGUGCUGGAAA